AUGGCAGACGAUGCGUCAGCUUGCAGCAGAGUGCUGCACCGGCGUGCAGCGGACGCUGCGGCGCUGCGGCACCGCCUCCCCGCCCUGUCCACGGAGCAGGCGAGCGGCGGCACGGCCUUCCACCAGCUGCAGGAGGGCGUGAUUGGGGACCUGCCCUGCAUCGGCGACACCAAGAUCUUUGCCGGUGUGCCGUCGGACCCCUCGGGGGUGGGGCGCAUGGGGGCGUUUGUCGCUUGCGGCAACACGCUGCCACGCGCCCGCGAGACGGUUCUGGGCGUGGAGGGCGGGGACAGGGGAGGGAGGGUGGGGAUGUGGGACCCGCGGACGGGGACCGGGACGGUCGAGGCUGUCAAGGGCCAGUACACGGACGCAGAGGGGAAGUGCCGCGUGGAGGCGCUGCUCUUCGAGGAGUUCGGCGCAAUGAGCGGGGGUGGAGGAGCUGCUGAUGCGGGUGGCUAA